UAUACUGCAUUGUUAUUUAAAAUAAUGUUUUCUAUUUACUGUUUAAUCUUAUGAAAUCAAUUAGGAAAUUACCCAAUGCAACUUUUACAUAAUAUAGUUUGUUAUAUUUACCUUCAACCCACAGCUCUCAUUGGCACAUUAAAAUGUUUUGGGCACCCCUGCUUUAAAGCAUUGAUAUUUCAGACACUGUUGGACACCUGAUUAGUUGCUGACAUGUUUCCAGCCUCGUCCUUUAGUUUCUUUAAGAUGCUCAUUUGCAUAUUCUUGAAGCACGGCCAUUCAUUUCUCUUUUUCGGCUUAUUUGAAUAGUUAAAUUCAGAUUUGAGUGCCAAAUGGGGCUGUUCUGCUCAAGAUAUUUUCAAGAAAAUAACCCAAAAACAUAACCAUCUUUUUUUUUCUGAAUUUCCCCUUAUCUUUACUUUAAAUACAUUUGUACAAUCAUAGACUCCAGUAUCCAACAUGUGCAAUCAGACUUACUUUAGUGCUCACAUUUCUAACUUGAACUUCCCAGCUAUCCUCAGUCAUCCAUUAGCAGCUCGAAGACUGUAAUGGGGUAUUCUGAGCAUGUUUGUAUCUAAAUAAACACCUGAGAUCAGUCUGAGGGAAGGAGGAGGUGCUCCUGCUAAACACACAUCACAUAUGAACACAUUCACUCAUCCAAAGACUAAAGGUUGAAGCUGGUGAACAUCUGAUGAAGAGAUCUCAAAAGUCACUAUGCUGUACUUGUUGAGCUUCAUCAUUCUUCUACUGGACAGUGUAGAAAGCUUAUCCGUCAGCAUUCCCAGUCUACUAACUGCCCCAGUGCCACCAGCAGUGCGGCUGAUGGACGGUGCAAAUGCUUGUUCUGGAAGAGUUGAGAUUUAUUUGUAUGAAUGGGGCACGGUUUGUGAUCAGGACUUUGACGAUGUUGAAGGGAACAUGGUCUGCAUUGAGGCAGGUUGUGGUCCUCUCAUUGGCGUGGUGCCUGGCGCUGCGUUGGGUGAGGGUUCGGGAUCAGUGCUGACAGAUGACCUGAACUGUUUUGGAAACGAGAGCUCGGUGUUGGACUGUGAAUGGGCUAAUCAGACUGAUGCAUGCGACCACACUAAAGAUGUCGGAGUCAACUGUGAUCUUACUGUAAGGUUUGUAGGCGGCAGCGACAACUGUUCGGGAAGAGUGGAGAUCUUCCACAGCAGAGAGUGGGGAACGGUCUGUGAUAACAGCUGGGAUAUCAUGGACGCAAUGGUGGCGUGUGCAGAACGUGGCUGUGGAACACCAGCGUCUUUACACUUCAAUGCUUAUUUCGGGCAGGGAUCUGGUCAAAUAUGGAUGGAUGGCAUUAUCUGCACAGGCCAAGAGACUUCACUUGAAAGCUGUGUGUUUAAAGGUUGGGGAGUGCACACCUGUACACACGCCGAUGAUGCUGGAGUCAAAUGUUCAGAGGUCAGGUUUGCAGAUGGACAAAACAACUGCUCUGGGAGGGUGGAGGUCCUGUAUGAUGGUUAUGGCUGGGGAACGGUUUAUAAUGAUGGCUGGAAUCUGCUGGGUGGAGAUGUGAUCUGCAAACAGCUCUCCUGUGGGACUGCAUUGAGUGUCACGAAUAGGUCUUUUUUAAAGAAGGGUAAAGGGAGCAUUUGGACGUACAACAGUGCAUGCACUGGCACUGAGAUCUCUCUGAAAAGCUGCAUUUCAGGGAUCCAGAGUCAACAAGUUACCCACAACACUGAUGCAGGAGUGAUAUGCAGAGAGGUGAGCUUGGUUAAUGGUCCCAGCAUGUGCUCUGGGACAGUGCAAGUUCGCUAUAGUGGAAAUUGGGGCACCGUGUGUGACAACAACUGGGGGGAUCUGGAUGGUCUUGUGUUGUGUCGAGAGCUUGGCUGUGGUCCUUUCAAUAAGACAUACAGUAGAGCUUAUCUUGGCCCCGGUUCCGGUAACAUACUAAUGGAUAAUCUACAGUGCAAUGGGAGCGAGUCCUCGCUGAAUCAAUGCAGCUUCUCUGCCUCUAUAAGCUCCUGUACACAUUCACAAGAUGCCGGAGUUGUCUGUGGAGAAGUGAGGCUGGUGAAUGGAGGCAGCAGUUGCUCUGGAAGGGUGGAGGUUCUUCGAAACAAUCAGUGGGGAACGGUUUGUGGAGACAGCUUUGAUAUGACUGAGGCUGUGGUCAUCUGCAGAGAGCUGGGAUGUGGAACUCCAGUGGAGGUCAAGAGUUUUGGAAGCGGUGUAGGGCAAAUUUGGUUGAAUAAUGUGCAAUGCACAGGCUCGGAGUCUUCGCUGAUGAACUGCAAGUCAAACUCAUGGGGACUAAACAGCUGUGUGCAUGAGCAAGAUGCAGGUGUCGUGUGCCGAGAGGUUAAGUUGGUGAAUACAGAUAACCCAUGUCAGGGCACAGUGUCUGUGUUUCACGAUGGCCGCUGGGGGACUGUGUGCCACAACAGCUGGGAUCUCCCGGAUGCUUUUGUGCUGUGCAGAGAGCUGGGCUGUGGUGAAAAUGCAGAGCCCUUUUCUUAUGCCGUUUUUGGCGCUGGUGAUGGGCCCAUAUGGAUGGAUUCCCUCAGAUGCACUGGUCAAGAGUCCAACCUUAGGAACUGCCAGUUUGGUGGAUGGGGAAACAAUCAAUGCAUUCAUGCAUAUGACGCAGGAGUCAUUUGCAAAGAUAUCAUAAAUGUACUCAAGAUUAAGGUGAACUCUGAUUCUAAUGUUGAUCCCAACAAUCCUUUUCUGAUGGCAAAAGUACUCAGCAAAAUCACUCAAGAGGUUAAAAAGGAAGGAAAUUUCUCUGUCAGCUGGAGAACGCAGCAGGACGGACAAGUGUUUCAGGAAAAGAAAUUAUUUGGUCCAUGACAG